UAUUUGCAGAUUCUCCAAAAUGAGGCGAGACAUCUUGCAAGUUAGUUUCGUGCCGACAAAGAGAGAGACGAUCCAGGUCUUAAUUUCAAUCUUUGACCCCCUUGGUUUGUUGGCACCUUAUAGCAUAGGCUUGAAAAUACUACUACAGGAGAUAUGGCGCUCGUGCAUCACUGGGAUGACCCGCUCCCGAAUCAGCUAUACAAUCAGUGGUGUCAGUGGAAGACGUUGCUAUCAACAAUAACCUCCGUUAAGAUUCCACGAUGUUAUUCACCACUACUUCGAGCCUCUGAAUGUAAUCAACUCCACACGUUCGUGGAUGCUGGCGAGUACGCUUACGCCAGUGGAGCACACUGAGUUGCGGCAUUGCACCUUGCAUAUAAUGAGAAGCGAGAAUGCACCUAUAAUCAAUGCUGAGAAUUUCUCUACCUGGCGCCGACUAUAUCGGGUGAUAGCGGUGGCUAAUGACAUCCUAAUUAAAGAAGCAGAGCUGAGUGAAAACCAUCCAGAAAUUCUUACUCUCAGAUCCGGUAAGAGAAUUGAAAGUGACAGCAAACUAAUACCUUUAAAUGUUUACAUAAGUGACGAAAAUACGGGGAAGAGCCAAAAGCUUGAGUUUUGCCGCUUCCAUAAUUUUACCGAGAAACCAUCCAAUCACUUUUCUAAUAGUUCGACAUUAUCACGAACGAAAUUACCACAAAUUUCAUGA